CUUGCGGUUUUUCCCUCUAUUGUAUUCCUAGAUGAUGGGGGGUCAAUAGUCGACACAAGCUUUUGCCUUUGCUAGGGAGCAUUUACUACACCAGUUGGGUUCUUGAAAUCAUGUGCAAUUCAGAACUCUAUCUGUACUUGAAUGGUGGGGGCAUUAUGUUCGAGGUUUGUCCUUUUUUCCCUCAAAAACUUAUACUAUCACUCCUAGCAUGGAUCACAGUUUUUCGGGGUCUUCAUGGAAACAACCUUUCUACUCCUAACACGAGGUAAGGUCUGGUAUAUCCUCUCCCACCCCCACCCCGAGGCUCGGACAGUACUCUUUGGUGGGAUAUAAAGUGGGGUUGUUUGUUCGUUUGUAAUUAUAAUAAAUAUUCUACUGCAUGCAAACAUCUUUCUGGUUAUGUGAUUGGUUCUAUAGCGCAAAAGUGAAGUGUAUUCUCUUUUAUAUGUGGCUUUUCAUGUGGGGAUUUGUUUGAAAACAAUAUUAAUUGAUAUUUACUGGAUUUAAGUUUAAAUGUAGCUAUGUUUCGAUUAAAACUUCAGUUUUGGUCCACAUUGUUAAGGUGCAACAGAGCCGUAGCCGCCGGCGGGUAGAAAGGACCAGAGAAGAGAUGAAGUUCACGGUUAAGGCCUGGAGCAACGGGAAAGCUCGAGCCGGGGUUUUGCAGUUCAGCAACUGCCCCUACUCCGUGGACACUCCGGCACUCCUCCUCACCACUCGCAAGGGGCUGCCGGUUUUCAUUCCUCCCGAUCACCUUCCUUCCCUCCCCUCGCCGGACUCUCACCUCCUCCAGAUUUCUCCGAUUCACUUCUUGGGAUGUGUAUCUAACAAAGUCGUAUCCGACAUUGGAGGGCUGCACCAGAUGCUUGGCUUACAUGGCCGAAUAUUAUCAGCUGUUCCCAGGGAUUGUAUUAUUUCCAUACCAGAGCACUCCGGCUCUAACAGGGAUGGAGCCUCGUUUGAAACUCCUUGUGGUCGUCGUUUGAUAAAACCUGCAGAAUACAUGGAAAUGAUUUCUUGUAUGAGGCCAAACAUGUGGACUACUUUAGCUGAUGAGGUACCUGCUUUUGUUUCGGAGAAGAGGAACAGAACAUCUGUUGAUCGCACUUUGAGAUGGCUUGAUGAUUGCCUCACUUCAAACUUGACAGGUUCAACUGUUUUUGGCUCUAUUGUUGGAGGCUCAAGUAUUGAAGAAAGACAACGUUGUGCUCAAGAAGUUGCGAAGCGAAAUGUUUCAGGUUAUUGGAUUGGUGGGUUUGGAUUAGGAGAGAGUAUGGAGGAACGCACUGCUCUUCUUAGUGCUGUUACGGAAUCUUUACCAGAAGAAAAGCCACGACAUAUAUGCGGGCUCCAACUUCCAGAAGAGGUUUUGCAGGGAGUUGCAGCAGGCAUUGAUCUAUUUGAUUCCUCUUACAUUUUUCACUUGACACUUGGAGGCUUCGCCCUCACCUUUCCACUCACCUUUCCACUUGAGAGGACUGAAAGACAUUUAACUGAUCAUAUGCCAAGCAGCAAUACAGGCUGUGAUGGAACAAAGAUCAACCUGAAAUCAAUCAUUUACAGGAAAGAUACAUCGCCGAUUGUUGACAAGUGUAACUGUUUUACCUGUCAGAAUCAUACAAAGGCAUACAUCAAUCACCUGUUUAACGUUCAUGAAAUGCUGGCUCAGAUUCUACUGGAAAUACACAACACUCAUCAUUAUAUGGGAUUCUUCCGUUCCAUCAGAGAGUCAAUCAAGGAAGGAACCUUUGGGCAAUACCGGGAGAAGUUCAUCACAAGCAGGCGGAGCCAUCUUAUUCCUCCUGCUUCAGCUUUAGCAAACUGACUUCCAGUUACCUUUGGGAUGCUGUUUUUGACUUCCCCAGGUCUCCAAAAUUGCUGUUUUUGAAAGCCAACUGCAUCGGUAAUUGGUAAUAUCUAUAUUUUCGAGUGAAAGUAAUACGAAUGAUUAGGAAACAUUACACCCUCUUCGAUUAGGCCAUUAAGAAUGAUGGCGGGUACUCGGUCUGGUAAUGUCAUAGUACCCGUUUCCGUUUGGCAACAAUUUUAGUUUUUAGCAUCGAUAUUUAAUGCUAGUGUGAUGAUUUACAUUGGUAAAAAACGUAAGUGCAAAUC